GUCAAAUGUGCGAACGUGCCAUAAUAUUAAGCCACCGUAUAGACACACCGAGCUCCGUCGCACUGUUGCACGUCGGGUAAUAUUUGGAAAAGAGGUAGUUGUGCGAACCCUUAAAAUACACGAAAGAAAAGAACCAGAGAUGAAUGAAAACAACAUUCAAGUGUACGAGACGGGAGGUCUUUACCAGUGCCAGCAGCGGGUUUCCUUUUCGCGCUGACUGGUUAUUCGGCCAGCCUCGACCAAACCGAACCGCUGAAAUUGUACAUCGCUAGAUGGCCGUCACGAAUCACGACGACGAUCGACGGACAACAGCGUGGAAGAUUACGUGCGGAAAGCAGACGUCAAAAGGUAGUAGUAGUGGAAUGGACAGCUGCUCGCUGCUCUCGUGAGGAUUUUCGUAAUCAUUCGCAGAAGAAAAAUUUCUACGGGAUUCAGCUAGGACAUUGAAGUGAAAGUUAAGCUUUGGUCAACAAAAUUCUGCUUCAAACAGGCAAACGACGAUCACAGCAGCAAAAGUCAAAAGCAGCAGUAGCAGCGGCAGGCAGUUUCUCCUGACUCCGAGUGGAUGCGGUGGCACUACCAUAUACCAUAUCCAUACCAAUUCGCGAACCCGCCUGCACGCGAUCGUUCGGCGGGCGUCUUCUUCUUCAGUAUCACCUGAGCAGUGCUGCAGUGAAGAAGUGCUACUCGCGGUGUUGCUUCGCGGCGUGUACUACGACCGUGUGAGAGUGUGCGUGUGUGUGUGCGUCGUCGCCUACAGUGCAGUGCAGUGUCCACUAUCAGUCGGUGCGGCCCAAAAUUUGUGAGCUUCUUUGCUAGUGCGUUCCGAAUUGUCCUCGUUGUUGGCUGACUCGAAGAGAAAAAUUCAGCGCGGAAAAGUGCUUCGAGUCAAGUGGAAAGAUGAAGGUCGGUCGGUUAUUUCGUGCGCACGGUGAAUUUUGUGCAUCGCACCCAUGGGAAGUGAUAGUGGCCCUGGUGACUCUGACGGCAUGCAUUAUAACAUUCGACAAAGGAAGUGCGGAUCCGUUUCAGCAGAGCUCGCGGUCCGGAUCCGGGAGACCUUGCCCGAGCUGGCCAGCGUUUCGGUGCGAUGAGAUCGAACAGAAUGGAAUCGACGUGAUACUGAUGACCAUCGUGCGGUGCUCGGCCAUCCUCUACUGCUAUUAUCACUUCUGCAACCUUCAGAAGCUCGGUUCCAAGUACAUCUUGGGUAUUGCCGGUCUUUUUACGGUGUUCUCCAGCUUCAUCUUCACGUCGACGGUGAUCAACUUCCUCGGCAGCGAAGUCUCCGAUCUCAAAGAUGCGCUGUUCUUCUUCCUGCUACUGAUCGAUCUAUCCAAGGCUGCCAUUCUUGCCCAGCUGGCCCUGUGCGGUUCCAGCCAGUCUGAGGUUACAAUGAACAUUGCCCGUGGAAUGGAAAUCUUAGGUCCCGCCAUCUCGCUCGACACUCUUGUGGAAACGCUAGUCAUUGGCGUGGGAACGCUGUCGGGUGUCCAGAGGCUUGAACUGCUCAGUGGCUUUGCCGUCUUAUCGGCGAUCGUCAACUACAUCGUCUUCAUGACCUUCUACCCUGCGUGUCUGUCGUUGAUUUUGGAUCUAUCGCGAAAUGCCGGCAACCUGAUACAGAAGAACAAGAAGGAAAAUCUACUGGCCCGGGUGCUGACCGAAGAGGACCAGAAACCCAAUCCGGUGGUGCAACGCGUUAAGCUGAUCAUGUCCAGUGGGCUGAUGAUCGUACACGUGCUCAGUCGGCUUGCCAUUUCAGAGAAAGACUCCGAUGCGGCCGAGCACAUAAUUGCGUCGCACUCGCACGAACAUUUGGCUGCCAUGAACAAAACCGAACCGAACGAGAUCUCCGAGUUUAUUAUGAGGUGGCUAUCGAUCAGCACCGAGCAGAUCGUGACGUACAUCCUGAUCAUCGCGCUCGGCGUGAAGUUCGUCUUCUUCGACCGUCACAAUCUGUCCGACCAGAUUCUGCUAUCGGUAGCGAAUGAAGCUGCAGCGGCCGCAGCUGCUGCCGCAGCCGCUGCCCAGAAGCAGAAACAGCUGGAGCUGAGUGCUGCCGCUGCCGCCGAAAGACCACACCCGGUGGCAACCUUCACACUAGCCGAGACGGUCCCGGUCGAGGAGAAGGCUACCCAGAGUGAGUUGUGUUUGCUUCCGGGCCGAGGCCAACGGGCCAAGAGCAUGGGGGCAGAUGAUGAGCUGAACUUAGACGACCUGGAAGAUGAGCUGGUGGAGCGAGAGCCUAGACCACUGGAGAUGUGUCUGAAGAUCUUGAACGAUACCGAUGACGGUGCGAUCGGCUUGACCGAUGAGGAAAUCAAGAUGAUUGUCCGUGCUGGAAAUGGAUACUGCCCGCUAUAUAAAAUCGAAACCGUCAUUGGAGAUGCCGAACGGGGUGUGAAGAUUCGCCGAGAUAUGAUUCAGAAGGAGGCCAAUCUACCAGUCAACGCUUUUAAGCAUUUAUCGUACAAAAAUUACGACUACUCCAAGGUGAUGAAUGCUUGCUGUGAGAAUGUUCUCGGUUACGUGCAGAUUCCCGUUGGCUACGCUGGACCAUUGAUUCUGGAUGGUGUUCGUUAUUACGUGCCGAUGGCCACUACGGAAGGAGCACUGGUCGCUAGUACGAAUCGAGGUUGUAAGGCCAUUUCGACACGAGGUGUUACAAGUUUUGUGGAAGACAUCGGUAUGACUCGAGCGCCUUGUAUCAAAUUCCCGAAUGUCCUACGUGCUGCCCAGGCAAAACGCUGGAUGGAAACUCCGGAGAAUUUCGCAGUUAUUAAGAAGGCAUUCGAUUCGACAAGCCGUUUUGCUCGAUUACAAGAACUUCACAUUGCGAUGGACGGCCCAAUCUUAUAUGCUCGAUUCCGUGCGCUGACCGGUGACGCGAUGGGAAUGAAUAUGGUCUCCAAGGGUUCGGAAAUGGCUCUUCGCGAAGUGCACCGUAGCUUCCCUGAUAUGCAGAUUAUUUCUUUGAGCGGCAACUUCUGCUCGGACAAGAAACCCGCCGCCAUCAACUGGAUCAAGGGUCGAGGAAAGCGCGUCAUCUGCGAAGCCAUCAUUCCUGCUGACAAACUGCGAACAAUCUUGAAGACUAAUGCCCGUACUUUGGUUCAGUGCAACAAACUGAAAAAUAUGACCGGAUCGGCAGUUGCCGGCAGUAUAGGAGGAAAUAAUGCGCACGCAGCUAACAUGGUAACGGCAAUCUACAUCGCCACCGGCCAGGACCCGGCACAAAACGUCACCAGUAGCAACUGCUCUACGAACAUGGAACCGUACGGCGACAACGGCGAAGAUCUAUACAUGACCUGUACGAUGCCAUCUCUGGAGGUGGGAACCGUAGGCGGUGGCACCGGCUUGCCCGGCCAGGGAGCUUGUCUCGACAUGCUGGGAGUGCGAGGAGCCCAUCCUACACAUCCGGCAGAAAAUUCUAAACAACUGGCUCGCGUCAUCUGCGCCACCGUCAUGGCCGGUGAGCUUAGCCUUAUGGCAGCCCUGGUCAACAGUGAUCUAGUCAAAAGUCACAUGCGACACAAUAGAUCAUCUGUAGCCGUAAAUCCCGGACUCCCAGCGACCGCUCAGCUGCAGUCCGCUCCCAGUUUGCUCACCGCCUGCAGCAGCAGCAGUAGUGGUAGCUGUAGCAGCAGUAUAGGCACAUCGCUGUCUGCCAAACAAUAACGUUUACUACUUAUAGAAACUACCUCAAGGAUGCGCGAAAGUAGAGAGAGCAAACACUAGGGUUUAGUCAGAAGACGAUCGUGGAGAAUAGAAAGUAUGUUUUAGAUAGUGCAGUGCUAGUUGAGCGAGAGCAGCCACAACGCCACAUAGCGUUGAUCUUUCAAGCUUAUGUAGCAAUAACAGAGGAUCUAUUUGUAGAGUUUGAAUCGUGUUUCUCCGAAUGUCGUUAACUUUAAAGUUAUUUGUUCGAACCCAGGGGAAUGACUAAAAAGAUGGCAAUGAACCUAAUACCUAAUACAUCUUUGGAAAUCGAAUCGAGAUGUUUCGAACACGGCAAGAUACACUUUUGACUAGAUUUUCAGAUCAGGAUUUAUCCAAAUCUAGAUUUGUCGCCCCUUCAGGCUCGAACAUCCUUAGCUAAAUUUAGUGAAACGAGAUUCGGAGAAAUAUAGUAAGCAGUGUGGAAGCAGCAAAAUUACUACAUGAUUUAUUCGUUUUCUACCAGAAGUUAAAUUAUUAAUUGUAAAGCAUCGUAAGUUUUAGUUUUUGAAGAACGCGUAGCAAAUAAUGCCAUGGCAAAUUAUUGGUAUCGCAAAAAAAACAAGAUCCAAGUGCAAGCAACCUUAUGUACAUAUAAUAACUCAAUGAUGAUUGUUUUUAAACGUACUCCAUGCAGAUCUAAAAAGUGAAACUUGAAACAGAGCACUUGAAACACAUUUCCAGCCGAGUGAAGCGGUCGUUGUUGUACAUACUGUAGACUUUAUGAUAAGAACAAAAACUCACACAAGAUCAUAUUAUGCACCGAUCAGGGAGAGCUUCCACUGACGAAAAGAAAGCUAAUAUGGAACAUCACCGGAUGAAACUAUUGGAUGGAAGUAUUUAAUACGCGAGCUUGACUAUUGUGCUAGCAAAUAAAAAAAAUCACAACCUGUGGCACAAGGUCUCGUCUCAUGCAAUAUAGAACAACGUACGUCGUAUACAUGCCAAGCAUACUUAAAGCUGGACUUACGCAAAACGGACAGAGGAAGAAAGUUGACUCUAUAAAGAUCAAGUGUUAGGGAUUUUCGAACACUUAAUGAGACUAAUUUUACGGAUUAACUACUAUUUAUAACUCCUAAACGAAGUGAAUAUUUUGGUGCUAAUUGCAAGAUGUUUGAAUAAAAAUUAGAAAAUCUUUGCAA